CGCCGCCGGGCAGGGCCGGCGAGCUGCGCGUGUUGGCGCGGGCCGGUGGGCCAGGCUCCGGGGAGCAGUGCCAGACCCAGGGAGACGAUGGUCUCGGUGACUAUGGCCACGUCCCAGUGGAUCCAAUUCUUUAAGGAAGCCGGCAUCCCUCCGGGACCUGCUGUCAACUACGCAGUGAUGUUUGUGGAUAACAGGAUCCAGAAGAGCAUGCUGCUGGAUCUCAACAAGGAGCUCAUGAACGAGUUGGGCGUGACCGUGGUGGGUGACAUCAUCGCCAUCCUCAAGCACGCCAAGGUGGUGCACCGCCAGGACAUGUGCAAAGCUGCCACCGAGCCGGUGUCCUGCCGCCCCAGCCCGCUCCCAGUGGAGAUUCGCCGCGGCCCCUCCAGCGCCGCCUCUCGGAUGAUCACCAAUAGCCUGAACCGUGACUCCCCGCCCAGCACCCCCCCCAGGCGCCCAGACACCAGCACCUCCAAGAUCUCCGUCACCGUGUCCAACAAGAUGGCAGCGAAGAGCGCCAAGGCUGCGGCAGUCCUGGCCCGCCGGGAGGAGGAGAGCCUGGCUGGCCCCACCAAGCGGCGCCGGGUCACGGCGGAGAUGGAGGGCAAGUACAUCAUCCACAUGCCCAAAGGGACCACCCCCCGGACCCGCAAGAUCCUGGAGCAGCAGCAGGCGUCGAAAGGUCUCCACAGGACGUCGGUGUUUGACCGCCUGGGCGCAGAGACCAAGACGGACACGACAACGUGGAAUAAGCCCACAGGGGUCUUCAGCCGCCUGGGGGCCACGCCAGAGAUGGAUGAGGACCUGGCUUGGGACAGCGACAAUGACAGCAGCAGCUCUGUCCUCCAGUAUGCCGGCAUCCUGAAGAGGCUGGGCCGCGCUCCGGCCAAGGCCAGCCCCCAGCCAGCACUGACUGUCAGAGCCAAGGCCACCAGCUCAGGGACGCCCCCCGCUGCUCCCCCAAAACUGCGGCGCCUGGCGCUCCCCCGACGCCCUGGGCAGGAGAAGAAGCCGGAGCCCCCAUCCAAAGUCAGCAUCACCCAGAGACUGGGCAAGGCCGCCCUUGUGCCCGAGGCCCAGGACAGCCAGGUCACGAGCACCAAGAGUAAGUCCUCAGCUGAGGUCAAGGUCAUCAUCCAGAGAACUCUGGUGGGGCCCCGGGGGAGCGGCUCCAGCGAGGGCCUGGGAGCCCAGAUGGACCACGCAGGCACCGUGAGCGUGUUCAAGCGACUGGGCCACAGGACCACCUAGCCCCCCGCGAGUGAGCCUGGCCUCGCCAGCUUCUGGAUGGCACCGCAGGUCUCCCUGAGGCCUGCACACUGGGCCCCCUGGGGUGGUCACUGCGUCCUGGCCUUGCCACUUCCCGCUCUCGGCCCCUCUGUCCUCUCCUUGCAGUGGCCCUGGUAGGACCUUUCCCAAGGGCUACAUCCUGCCCCCGUCCUCCCCGCUCAGCAGCAUCUGCCCCUCCAUGAGGGUUGCUCACGGACCUCCUGUGACCUCUAACUGCUGCCCCCCUCCCCCCACCAACUUCUGCGCUUUUGAUGUCUCUGCCUCCCCGUCUUCUGCUGCUCACCUCUCUUCUGUUUUCUGUCCCUGUGGCAAGGCCCGACUGUCCGCCGCAUCCUGCCCAGCCCGCCUGCACCUCCGGCCUCCCAGCGGGCCCCUCGUCGUCGGUGGCGUCGAGCCGACAG